AUGAGGGGAGUAAACUUAUUUGUCCUUCUUUCUAGUUUUUGGAGUGUAGGCAUUGGGCUUAACAGCACAAAGCAUUCUUGGACCAUACCUAAGAAUGAAAACUCCCACAAGAAUAUAACUUCUGCUUCUGUUCUUCCAACUGACCCGCGAAGUCUCCAAAGGCUGUUGACUACUCAGAAAACAUCAGUUUCUGUCACCCCAGCUUCUGAGGAGAAACUUUCUGAAGAAAACCUUCUACAGUCCACACUGUCUCCUUUAGAAACAAACACCCCUCCUGUGGCUGUGAGAAGCCAAACCCUCAAACUCGAGGGGAAGACAGAAGAAGGAGGGGUACAGUUCCAGACACCUGCCCUCCCAACCCAAUCUACCAUCAAGCGCAGCAGCUCUGGAGCAGAGGCAGUGGUCCUGUCCAAUGCUACACUGAGAUUCCUUCAGAGCUUUGCCAACAAGUCAAAUCAGCAAGCAACCUUUCAGAAGUUAGCUGGAGGUACGGGAAAUCGAUCUCCACGGCAAACCUAUCUCAGUAGGGGAAAGACUGAUGGAAGUCAACGUUUUGAAGCAGCCAGAGGAAAGAACUGGUGUGCUUAUGUGCAUACCAGGCUUUCGCCAACUGUGAUAUUGGACAGUCAGGUUUCUUAUGUACCAAAUGGAAGAGGAUCCUGUGGUUGGAGCAGUGGAUCUUGUCCUCAGAGAUCUCAGAAGAUAUCUAAUGCCAUUUAUAGGAUGCAACAUAAAAUUGUUACCUCAUUAGAAUGGAGAUGCUGUCCUGGAUAUAGUGGGCCACAGUGUCAUCUAAAUGCUCAAGAGCAGCAGCAAUUAAUGCACAGUAACCAGGUGGAAAGUCACCCAGCUUCAGACAGAGGAACAGCAGAGGAGUCACAGCAGCAGCAAGACUGUGGUGAUCCAGCUGUGACUCACAAACUGACCGAGCAGGUCAGCCAGCAGGCCACGAGGCUGGAACUUCUGCAGAAGCAGCUCCACAAUGCCUCUCUGGCCAUGGAGGGCAUAAAGACCAUGUUCUCCUCCCUAGAAGGAAAAAUCAGUGAAGAUAAAAGCAGGGAGUUUCAAUCUGCUCUGAAAGGUCUAAAAACCAAAGGCAUUACUGAGUUCAUACAGGACACAGUAAGAAAGCAACUUAAGGUCUUUCAAAAUGACAUGCAAGAGACUGUUGCACAGCUCUUCAAGACUGUGUCACAUCUUUCUGAGGAGCUAGAAGACACCAGACAAGUGAUUCAACAAGUGAACCAAUCAGUAGCUUCAGUGACAGUCCAGCCAAAGCCUAUUUCAGUUCAACAAAUUAAGCCCACUUUAACUGACAUGGAAAACCUAAGGAAUCACAUCAUGAAUGUCAGACAAGAAAUGACUUUUACAUGUGAAAAACCUAUUAAGGAACUAGAAACUAAGCAGGCUCUUUUAGAAAGUGCCCUUGAACAGGAACGCUCACGGGGCAUUCUGUAUUACAAAUCCCUCAAUCAAACGCUUUCAAAAAUGAAGGAAAUACAUGAACAGCUUUUGUCAGCAGAAGUAUCUGACCAGAAGAAUGUUACAGCUACUGAAUUACUUAGCAGUAAUGUCACUAAGCACAUGUCUAUUCUACAUGAGAAGGUAAAUAAGCAAGGUUUGAUGCUGUUGAAAAUGUUUGAUGAUCUGCAUAUCCAAGAUAACAAGAUUAACAAUCUCACCAUCAGCUUGGCAAUGGAGAAAGAAUCAGUCAGGGCUGAAUGGGAAGAAAUGCUAUCUAAGUGCAGAAAUGAUUUUACAUUUCAACUUAAGGAUGCACAAGAGAAUGUGCAUGUAUUAAACCAAACAUUGGCUGAGGUUAUCUUUCCCAUGGACGAUAAGGUGGACAAAAUGAAUGAACAGCUGAACGAUCUGAUGUACGACAUGGAGAUCCUUCAGCCCUUGCUUGAGCAGGGAUCAUCACUCAGACAAACAACUACACAGGAGCAGCCAAAGGAAGCUGCAGACACAAGAAAAAAAGUGGAAAAUCUAACUAGUGCUGUCAACAGUUUAAAUUUUCUUAUUAAAGAACUUAACAAAAGACACAACUUACUUAGAAAUGAAGUGCAAAGUCGUGGUGAGGCCUUUGAAAGACGCAUCAGUGACUGUGUCUUGGGAAUGGAAGAUGGCCUAAAUAAGACAAUGAUUAUCAUAAAUAAUGCCAUUGACUUUGUUCAAGAUAACUACAUGCUAAAGGAGACUCUAAACACCGAGUAUAAUCCCAAAGUUCAUCAUAACUGCAACCAAAAUAUGGAAACAAUUUUGGCAUUUAUUCCUCAAUUCCAACGUCUAAAUGACUCUAUUCAGACUUUAUUCAAUGACAAUCAGAAAUAUAAUUUUGUUUUACAAGUUGCCAAGGCCCUUGCAGAUAUUCCUAAAGAUGAAAAAACAAAUCAGUUCAAUUUUCAAAAGAUUUAUCACAUGUUCAAUGAGACCACUUCUCAAGUGAAAAAUUGUCUGCAAAACAUGAGCCAUUUGGAAGCAAAUAUACUCUCUACCACCAAGAUUUCCAAAAACCUUGAAACUCAGUUGCAAGGUCUUGAAUCUAAAGUGACCAAAACACUCAUACCUUAUUAUAUUUCACCCAGGAAGGGCAGUGUGAUGACAAGUGAGAGAGACACAGCUCUUCAGUUGCAAGUCCUAACUUCCAGAUUCAAGGCACUGGAGGCAAAAUCCAUUCAUCUUUCAGUGAGUUUCUCUUUGCUUAACAAAACUGUCCACAAGCUUUUAACAACAUAUCAGACCUUUACAAAUACAUCUGGACAGAAUGCUACUAUACCUAUGUGGAUCAAAGCUUCCCUUCCAGACAUCCAGGUUUUUCAGAAAAGUCUGAGAGCACCUAUGGAAUCAAUAAUUAAAAUACAAACUCAAGCUGCCCUGUCUAAUUUAACUUCAUAUAUUGAGCAACUAUUGUCUGAAAGGCCAGAAAAUGUCAAGUCUCAGAAGCAAGUAAAAUUAUACAAGAAAUCUAAUACCCUUAAAAAACCAGCAGUGAAUCUUACUACCAUCCUGAUAGGCCGGUCUCAAAGAAACACAGAAAACAUUUUAUAUCCUGUAACCCAAGAACAUUCAGGCUGCAGUAUGUCCCCCUGCGAAAACGGGGGUACGUGCAUCACUGGGAGCUCGCGCUACACGUGCGCUUGCCGGCACCCUUUCACUGGUGACAACUGCACUAUCAGGCUGCUGGAAGAACAUGCUUCAGGCCCAGAUUUUUCUCAAGGAUCUUACAGAUAUGCUCCAAUGGUGGCAUUUUUUGCAUCUCAUACAUAUGGAAUGACUGCACCUGGCCCCAUCCUGUUUAACAAUCUAGAUGUUAACUAUGGAGCUUCAUAUAACCCAAGAACUGGAAAAUUCAGAGUUCCGUAUCUUGGAGUGUAUAUAUUCAAAUAUACCAUUGAGUCAUUCAGUGCUCAUGUCUCUGGGUUUUUAGUGGUUGAUGGAAGAGACAAGCUCACCUUCGAGUCUGAAAAUAUUAACAAUGAAAUACACUGUGAUAGAGUUUUGACUGGGGAUGCCUUAUUAGAAUUAAAUUACGGGCAGGAAGUGUGGUUGCGUCUUGUAAAAGGAAAAAUCCCAGUCAAAUAUCCCCCCGUUUCUACCUUUAGUGGUUACUUGUUAUAUCGUACAUAAGUUAGAAGGAAAGAUAGCCUAUUGCCUUUGAUGAAAAAUAUACAAUGGAUUACUUAUCCUGCAUGCACAUCACUCUGCUUUCGUUUAU